GUAUCGUAAGUCUGAUGACUCGUCUGACAAGUCUAUUAUCUCGUGAAGACAAUGAUUUGUGCCAUAAAAUCACUUUAGUUCAGGCAAUAAAACCACAUUAUUAUGCAUUCCGAUGGCUAACUCUUCUCCUAUCACAGGAGUUCCCAUUGCCCGAUGUUUUAAGGCUUUGGGAUUUCCUGUUCUCUGAUGAAAAGCGAUUCAAUUUUCUACUUCAAACUUUGGUUCGCGAGGACCUAAUGAGUGGUGACUUUGCAUCCAAUAUGAAACUAUUGCAGAACUUUCCCGAACGCAUAGAUCUCAACCAAAUUAUCAAUAGAGCCAAACAAAUACAUAUGACCUGAAGUUUUUAUACAUCAAUUAAAUGUAACCAUAAUAAAAGUAUAUUCAAUUUUAGAUCAAAUUUUAUGCAUAAUAUUUGCAAAAUAUGAAUACAUAAUCAAUCCAUUUAUCAAUAACUUACUACUAAUCGG